AGCUGGCGGGGGGAGCGCGGCGCGGGCGGCGGAGCGGCGGGAUGCGGCAGUGCCGGGCCGCGGGGCUGGCGGGGCUGGCUGCGGUGCUGCUGGUGGCUGUGAGCAGAGCCCAGGUGCAGCAGGAGCCUUCGGUAGAGACCAGCGAGGGCAUCGGCAUCAACAUCACCUGCUCACAUCCCAACACACAGUUCAGCGAAGUCAUUCAGUGGUACCGUCAGCUCCCGGGCCGAGGCCCCGCAUUCCUCGUCAGCGCCGUUAAAGGCUCCAAGGAGGUGCCGGACCCGGAGGGGCAGCUGUGGGUGUCGGCAGACCGCCGCUCCAGCGUCCUGCGGCUCUCCCGGCCCCGGCUCGGGGACGCGGCGCUGUAUUACUGCGCCUUGGGCGCACGGGAAGCGAAGCCGGGGCUGCGGCCGGGCACGAACCGCUUGGGGCGGGCCGGGGGCGCAGUGCCGUCCGGGCCCGCAGGGGGCGCUGCCGCUCCCCCCUCCCGGCCCCGCCGAGCUGGCAGUGCUGACAUGGAACGCGUCCCUCGCACCGCUCGGCAUCCUCCGGAGAAAGGCGUUCCAGCUGCACACUUUCAUGAGUGCUGGUGUCACAGCCAUCUGCAUGUGAUCUCCUCAGUGGCUCUGUUUUGAGAGUAUGAGACUGUGUGACAAGAUUCAGGGCCUCUGGCAGUGAGGUGUGAAUUCAGCUGAGGCCACUGUAAGGUGUGUUCACAGGGAGGGCUACAGGCUCGUGAAGGCUGUGGAUCAAGUCCCUUAUCAGCUUAAAGGGAAUUACAAGUAAAAUGAAACUGAUAAACAAAGCACAGGAUGACCCCGAUCUCUAACCAAAUAGGAUGACAAUUGGUGAAACUAUACCUCUUCAGCUAUAGAUGAUCAGCUUCAGCUUCAGCUAUGGGGAACUCCAUGUGUUAGAUUUGAAUUAGAUGAGGUUGAGCUCUGUAAGUGACAAGAGACAAGAUGAAAAUGAAAAUUAGGAUUGCUCUAGAGGGACUUGUGGGGCUAUGCAAACAUUUUAAAGAGUGGCUAGGGAAUGGUGAGAGAGGAGAGGGGAGGAAUAAGGGGAUGCACUGUAGGGAAAAAGGACAAAAGUUCCAGUCAGUACAUCUGCAUAUAUGGAUGAGCCCUGUGCCUGAUCAAUGCAGUCCAUCCUGUCUCCUUAUUAAAUCCUGACUUGUCUGUGCAACACUGAAACUGGGCUCUCUUUCUCAUGUGGAAAUACCUCAAGGUCGAGGCCAGUAGAUGCUGAGACUGCUGUGCAGAAGAGAUCUGGGUACCAACAACCAAAACAACAUCCACAGCACAUCAGGAUUAAACCAGUGACCAGGAGGAAAGAGCAUUCAAGUCUGGGAGAGAGAUGGGAUCGCUCUUGUGGUAAAGAAUGGGUGAAUGGAUGCCUGAGAAGGAUGAACACGUUGAAGGAUGUACACUUUGUGUACACGUGUCUGUGGAAGAAGUGAGAGAGAGAGGAGAUGGAGAGAGAUUGAUUCCAGCAGUGAUCAGCAGAGGCCAUGAGAGCACCACGUAAGCCAGGAAAUGACAUCCUGUGUGAAGUCUGCUGCUGCUCUUAUUGAGCUGGAAAAUCUCACUCUGACAUCACCUCCUUCUGAAAGCACAGGGCCAUGGCAAAGGAGAACAGGACUUUUCUGAUUCAGUGCAUUCUCCUGGGCUAAACAAGCAUCCCAGCUGCCACAUGCUCCUGUUUGUCAUUAUCUGCUCCAUGUCUCUCCUGACCCUGGCCUCACCUUUGUCACAGCAGGGAGCGAUCAGUACCUGUGGGUCUCAACAUGGUCCUUGUUGCCUGGCUACAGGCUGGGUACCAGGAAUAUCACUGUCAGUUUCUACUGGGAUGAGGGGCCUCUUCUGGGACUGGCCUGCGGGGAUCCCGUCAGGCUUUAUUCUGGGCUUUAUGGUUCCUGUUGUCAUCAUCGUCCUUACACUGUGCUUUUCAUGAUAGUUUCCUACAUCUGCAUCACCUCCAGAGUUCUCUCUAUUCCCUCUGCUUUCACUCACCAGAAGGCAUUCUUCACCUGUCCCUGCCAUCUCAGCAUGGAUCCCCUUCUAUCAGAGGCCAAGGCCAGAUCCAAACAUAGCUUACCAUGAAAGCUCCAUCCUUUGAAUGCACUGGACCUUCAAGGAGCCUGACAAGGCAGGAGGAGAAUAGUAGGUUGGGCUGUAGAGAUGUACACUUGCAGCAGAGCAAGGGGAGGACUGUGCUACUGUGUCCUUGGCGAGGGGUAAGAGCUCUUCUUUGUGGUUACACUGGGCUUUGAUGGGCUUGGUUCUGAUGCUCUUUGUCCUGUGGUCCCACCUGAGCCAGCACUGCCUGAUACAACAGCUGGCCUGAGGAGAGAUGCUGCCAUCCUGAUGUCACGUAGAAAUGAUUUUCAGUGCCAUUGCUGUGCUGCUGGCAUCACACAGAAUCUGAUUGAAAGAAAAGCCCUCACAAAACAG